AUGUAUCACUAUCUGAUGCAUCCCUCUGUGAUGCAUCCCUCUAUGGUGAUGCAUCCUGGUCUGAUGCAUCCCUUCGGAGAGGGAGAAGGAUCAUCAGAGACGGAUACUCAAGUGUUGCACACCACGAUUCACCACCAAUGUGCAGCCUGUAGCCAGCUUUUCUUGCCGGGUGAAACCCUAGUCGCAUUGGUCUAUAGGAAUUCCGUACUCGAGAUACACAAGAACAUUAUCUUUAGCAGCAUAGGGAAGCCCUGCGAACAGAAAACGGCAGAGGAUCUGCAUUUGAUGUUCUGUCAGCGGCAAGACUGUGAAUCGUGCAUGAGUAUGAGACAGAUGCCAUUUCUCAUACCAAGGCCAGAGCAAUUUGUUUGGCAUCUCCGUGAGACACCGAAGGUGCACAAUAUAUUCUGCAAGAGUCCUCUUUGCCACGCCUGUCGAACUGCCGAAGAGAGCGUAUCUAUACACACAGAUUGCUUCGAGCUGUUUGAGCGGCAUUGCACCGUCGGAAAUGACAACAACAACUCCGAGCAAAAUGAUGAGAAGUAUAGACGCCUCUGGCUGGCGGGAACAAGGCAAUAUGCCUGGCGCGAGAUGGAGCCGCUCAAAUUCUCCAACAGCAGCACCCUUGCGGUUCGUCCAGCGGAGAUGAUUAGCAAAAUCUGCGGCUUUCAAGAGACCUUCUUGCCAGAAGUGAUUCGAUUAAUCCAGAGUUACUUGCAGUCGCAUAUUAUCUGGCGAUAUUGCUCGGCCAUUGAGUUAGCACAGGAACUUGGUUCAGCAAAUGCGGAAGAAGCAGCAGUCACCUAUAAAGUUCCCAAAGUGCUGUCAUGGUCUCGUGGCAGCACUCCCCAACUUGUGCAAGAUGAAAGCCUUGCCGGCUCUUUCAUCCGAUUUACAAUUGACCAUCGCGGCAUUAGCAGCAUUGACCGGUUUUCUGAUACUGAACCAAUCACAACUGGUAAAAUGCCGGCUUCCUCUUACGUGUUUGUGGUAGAGCCGAUAGAGAGGCUAUCAGAUGCCAAGAUAGAGUUUGAGCUCGGGUUGGGUCGUCUUCAUAUCCCGGCGGAUCUACAUAUCAGCACUUGGAGCACUCCAAAUCCACUUCAACUCAUGAGUCUCAUACCUCAUCCAUACCCCCGUCUGGCUGCUAUUAGUUUAGAUCCAGAGCACUGCACUGGAAUCUCCUUCUUCUUGACUACACGAGUUGUGCGUGAGAUCCAUGCUCAUUCAGGACGGCGCUCAAACCAUCUAGAGAGAUUCAAGUACCUGCGCGCCAUGUUUGACCAUGAAAUCGCCUGGAUUUAUGUGCCACUCACGGCCCAGGAUAAGAUCACGGCAAUGGAGAUUAGGCAAAACGUAACAACAGAUAGACCACAUCAUUUCACAAUAUGGACAAAGACUGGGAAGAUUAUAGUCGGCACUCCUCAAAGAGCUACAAACUCUUCGAGAACUCGAGCUAAUAACACGCCACGACGACCUGGCCGAGGGAUUUUAUACGAGAUGGAGGAAGAUUCCCGACGACCUCUGAAUCUCAUCCAUGAGAUACCAAGCUCUGGCUUAAUGAAAUUCAUCGGAACCGAUGCCGAUAAGCAGACCGAGACUACCGAGGUGGAUGUUGAUCCCCAUCAUGUCUGGCCACUUGCUUACGCAUUCUUCUCGUCUGCAUCUCUCGAGGGUGUGUCAAGCGUACGCGUUUUCAGCGAUAAGCGGCGAAGCCUGUGCAAAGGCAUAUUGUUCGAGUACGAGAACGGGUCGAAGCGAGCCGUAGGACAGUGCCGCCUAGGUUGGGAUCACGUUCACUACUGGCGGAAACCACUAAGCAUGUUUUACGGUUCUGCUACUUACCAGUUCACCGAUCCCAAUACUCCGUAUCAUACAAUCAGGCAUAAAAGCGUUCAGGUUAGGUUUGACUCCGAAUCGGAUCAUGUCGCUGAAGAUGGUACGCGUGACGAAAACUAUUACCCGAUGAAAGGCUACCUGAACUUUUGGUUUCGCAUUAAUGAUGUCGAGAUAGAGAUUGUUAAUCCCUCCUAG